AUGGCCUUCAAAUUGGAUCCUAAUUCGACGACCUCAGUCAAAUCCAUUUCCAGAUCAAUCGCCAAGGACAUGGUUGCUAUGUACCAUGGGCAUGAGCCCGGCGGCACGCCCGGUUUGCUACCUGAACCUUAUUACUGGUGGUACGCUGGAGCCUUUAUGGGAACACUUGUUGACUAUUGGGCAUAUACUGGCGAUGACCAGUAUGUCAAUCUCACCAAGCAGGCACUCUUGUUCCAGGUCGGUGAACAUGAUGAUUACAUGCCUAUCAACCAGACAAGAACAGAGGGAAACGAUGACCAAGGCUUCUGGGCGCUCACUGUUAUGUCUGCUGCCGAGUACAACUUCCCUCAUCCCGAACCCGAUGAGCCACAAUGGCUUGGACUUGCCCAAGCUGUUUUCAACACACAGGCUGCUCGUUGGGACACAGAGCAUUGCAACGGCGGGUUAAAAUGGCAGAUAUUUGAGUGGAAUAAAGGCUAUGAUUACAAGAAUUCAAUCUCCCAGGCUUGCUUCUUCGCCCUGGGCGCCCGUCUUGCUCUUUUUACUGGCAAUAACAGUUAUGCCGAUUGGGCCGAUAAAACCUGGGACUGGAUGAUCGGGACCGAGUUUAUUGAUCCAAAAACUUGGUAUGUUUACGAUGGUGCUCACAUCUACAACAAUUGUACCAAAUUGGUACCUUACCAGUUCUCCUACAAUGCGGGCGGUAUGAUUCUUGGCGCUGCUGCCAUGUACAAUCACACCGAAAACCAGGUCUGGAAAGAUCGUCUUGACAACCUUCUUGAAGGUGUCAAGGUCUUCUUCACGGGGCCCCAGAAGAACAUCAUGACAGAAGUCGCGUGUGAAUCUGUGAAGCUCUGCAAUCUGGACCAGAAGUCCUUCAAGGCAUAUCUAAGCCGCUGGUUGGCCGUCACUACUCAAUGGGCACCUUACACUCACGACUUAAUCAUGCCACUUUUACGCGCCUCGGCCGUUGCAGCCACCAAUGUAUGCACCGGAGGCGAGAAUGGACAGAUGUGUGGUCUUUACUGGAACAAGAACAAAUUCGAAGGUGAAGUAACCGUGGGUCAACAAAUGGCGGCAUUAGAAGUCACACUUGCUUGCAUGAUUCAGGAUCGGCCUGCUCCGUUGACGAAAAAUACCGGAGGAACAAGCAAGCCUAAUCCUGGCGGUGGUUCCGCAGAUAUUGGACGAACCGUCCCCGAUUUGGAGUACGACCCUCUUCCUGCGGGUGAUAAAGCUGGAGCUGCCAUCCUCACCGUUUUGGUUAUCGCUGGUCUUCUUGCCCUUAUGAUGUGGAUCUUCUUGGAUGAGACCUCGGACAACGGCCCAAUCGAUCAAGCCCGGAACUUUGGGUCAUCAACAGCCGCGGCAUUCGUCAAGCGGAAGCAGAAGGGCAUCGACGAGAAGAAUGACGCAGUGUUCCAGAAUAACGACAGUUCUCAAGAGAGCAACUUCAGGCGCGCUACAGAUGAUAUGAUAAUGAAUGGAGGUGCCCACAACAGUGAGGGCUAUGCACAUCGUCGAGUAUCCAGCAUGCCAUUGGGUUGGCCACAGCACGCAGCGAGAGGAAGUGCCACAUACGAUGCUGAUAGAAUUUAUCCAGUUUCGGUUUCAGAUCUUCAGGCUCGAGGACAAUGA